CAAGCACCUCAGAACCGGAGAGGAAGCAAAUCCACAGCAGGACAGCAAGGAGCUCGAACUUACAGCAGUUCCUCAACCAUUAACGUACAAUGAAUUUGUACAUAAUACAAAUUCUAGUGAUUUGUUUGCCGUCUUAUUUAUUUAGUGGGGCUGUGCCAGAUGAAGAGACACGAGCAGGGUGUAGAACAGCAGUGAAUGAUUUGGUUUUCAUCAUGGAUGGAUCCUGGAGUGUAGGACUCGAUGAUUUUGAAACAGCAAAGACGUGGCUAGUUAAUGUUACGAGUGGGUUUGACAUUGGACCUGAAUAUACACAAGUAGCUGUUAUCCAGUACAGUGAUACUCCACGUCUGGAAAUCCCGUUUGGCCAAUUCCUGACUAGUAAACAACUGAUUGCUGGAAUAAAAAGAAUUAAAUAUCUUGGUGGAAAUACUCAAACAGGGCGUGCUAUUAAAUUUGCAACAGAGUUUGUUUUUCCUUCUUCACAAAGGACCAAGACUGCCAAAAAUAAAAUUGCCGUUGUCGUCACAGAUGGAAAAUCUCAGGACGAUGUUAUGGAUGCUUCUGUUGAAGCACGUGUGGAGAAUAUAAUCCUGUUUGCAGUCGGAGUUGGAUCAGAAAUAACUGAAUCAGAACUUAAAACAAUUGCCAACAAACCUUCCACAACAUAUGUUAUAUUUGCAGAAGAUUAUAGCACCAUAGAGAGAAUUAAGGAGGCUAUGCAGCAGAAGAUUUGUGAAGAAUCGGUGUGUCCCACAAGGAUCCCAGUAGCUGCACGUGAUGAGAAGGGCUUCGAACUUAUGUUGGGCUUUAAAAUACCUCAAAAAGCUCAGGAAAUAUCUGGAUCAUUGACAACUCAAGCAAGUUUCCUAUUGACUACUGAAAUUGAUGUGACAGAAAACACCAGAGACAUAUUUCCAGAAGGCCUACCUCCUUCUUAUGUAUUUGUUGCCACGCUGCGUUUAAAAAGCCCAACCAACAGGAUGAAGUUUGACUUAUGGAGAAUCCUGUCCAAAGAAGGAAUUAUGCAGGCAGCUGUCACACUUGAUGGAGAACAACAGGCUGUGUUUUUCACUACUACCAGUCUGGCAGAGGAGAUCCAGACAGUGGCAUUCAAUGAUGAAAGACUAAAGAAAUUAUUCGAUGAGGACUGGCAUCAAUUAAAGCUACUGAUACUAGAAAUGGAGGUCACUUGUUUCUUAGAUGAUAUGGAAAUUCAGAACCAACAUCUUGAGCAAGUUAUUCCUAUUUUCAUAAAUGGAAAGACCCAGGUGGCUAAACUUGUGAAAAGAGAGACAUCUGUACCCAUAGAAAUACAAAAGCUUAGACUCUACUGUGACCCACAGCAAAGUGACCGGGAGACGGCUUGUGAAAUCCCAUCUGUGGUGAGUAAACAGAGUGUCUCAGCCUUGGAUGAUGAUGAGAGGGGUCAAAAGGGGGAACAUGGCAAACCAGGAAAAUCAGGAAUUAAUGGUGUGCCUGGACUGCUUGGCAAACAAGGUAUUCCAGGCCUACCUGGAUCCCCAGGCAUACAGGGUAAACCUGGUUUGCCUGGACCUCAAGGGGAACCUGGACCAAGAGGAUACAGAGGUGAAAAAGGACAACGUGGUUUUCCAGGAGCACAAGGGCCUUCAGGCGCGAAGGGACCUGAAGGACCAAUGGGACGAGAUGGAUUACCAGGAGUUCCUGGAAAAAAGGGUAGCAGAGGUGAAGAAGGAAAACCUGGCUCUCCUGGACAACGUGGCCCUUCAGGAGAACCUGGGGUUCCAGGAGUAAAUGGACAUCCAGGACCACCUGGUUUAAAGGGUGAGCAUGGACACCCAGGUUUGCCAGGAAGAGAUGGAUCCCAUGGACCACUGGGUUUUCGAGGUUUUCCUGGGGCUCCAGGACUACAAGGACCUAAGGGCCAGAAAGGAAUGAUUGGUCAAAAGGGAGCUGAAGGGCAGCCUGGGAUACCAGGUAAGCAAGGAUAUCCAGGAUUACCUGGGCAUGAUGGACAUCCGGGGCCCAAGGGGGACAUUGGUGAGCGGGGGCUGCCAGGAUUCCCAGGACGUACAGGUUCACCUGGUUUAAGAGGCGAUCCUGGAAUACCAGGCCAGGCUGGAUCUAUUGGGAUUCCAGGGGAAAAGGGAAACAAGGGUGAAGCAGGAAAUCCUGGGAAAAAAGGCAGCCAGGCUGAGAGAGGUAGAGAAGGGCCCCCUGGAUCUCCAGGUCUGCAGGGGCCCACUGGUGCCAAAGGAGAAAAGGGAGAGAAAGGGAAUAUGGGACCAUCCGGUGAGAGGGGGAAUGAAGGCAGGACUGGUGAACCUGGUCCAAUGGGCCCUGUAGGACCUCGUGGACCAGCAGGGCAGGAAGGCCCAUCUGGACUGCCUGGUGUCCCUGGACUUCCUGGGAAGCCUGCAAAGCCUGUCACAGACGAGCAUGUGAUGAAAUUAUGCAACAACAUGCUUCGCACUCAGUUGCCAUCACUACUUCAAAGCAUGAGACCAAGUUGCCAGUGUGAAGGAAUUAAAGGAGCUCCUGGGCAACCUGGUGCCCCAGGGCAGCCAGGACAGAGGGGGUUACCUGGAUACCCAGGCCAAACAGCCAAGCGAGGAUACAGAGGGCUACCUGGCACGCCUGGACUACGAGGAAUGAAAGGCGAGCAGGGGGUGAAAGGAGCCAAAGGUAUGAAGGGUGAAGAGUGCCAAGGGUUACCAGGUCCACCUGGACAUGCAGGGCUUCCUGGACUACCAGGUCCUGCUGGUCACGGAUUGCCAGGAGUGGAUGGGGAACCAGGAAGAAAUGGAGCACCAGGAAAUCCAGGGAAGCGUGGUCCACCAGGAAUACCGGGAGUCUGUGACCUAUCCAGCUGCUACAGUUCCUAUGACGGUAACCAAAAUCCCUACAACAAAGGACCCAACUUCUGAGGGUGGGGUAUGGUUUGGUGUCUGGGAGCUGAAUCCCAAUGUGUCAUCUCAUGUCUCAACAUGUGCUGCCAAAGAGAAGGAACCGGUCUCAGGAAACAAAAUAACUGUCACAACACCAACCAGCCAAUUAUUACAGGUUCCAUCUUUCAUCUUGGUUUGCUACUGAUUUCAGAAUAUCUCAAUAUAAACAUUUUAAA